CCUGAAAGAAACAUUCAAAAGAGAGCGAUCGGAACUAGCCGGGGGCUUAAACGGUGCCUUAUUCACCUUUCCCCAUUCAAGAUGACCAUCGUCAACCACAGCACCUCCGACGCCACCGAGAGAGACAGCUCACCUCCUCUGACGGAGCUCGAAACGGCCGAGAUCCUACAAAGCAUCCGACAUUCCGCUACCCUCCCCGCCGACCUCGCCUUCUCCCUCGACUUGAACCGCCAACAGCCACCACACUCACCACCGUUACAACCACAAGAACGCCCGUCGACCGAAGAAUAUCCCGAUCGGGCUUCGUACUACUGGGAUGCGUCGACGAUGGCCCCGCUCAAUGCAAUCUCGGCGGCCGCCAUCGCGCGUCUGCGCGCCUACAAGCCCGCACCCUUCCCCACCUGGGACCGCCUCCCGGUGAGCCGCCGCGCCGCCGUGCUGAUCUUGUUGUUCGCGGACCGCCGAGGUGAUCUACGAGUCGUCAUCACAAUGCGGGCUGCUAGUUUGCGGAACUUCUCCGGCCACGCAGCUUUUCCUGGGGGAAAGGCCGAUUCUCUAUCAGAGUCGCCGUAUCAAAUAGCGCGCCGCGAAGCCUGGGAAGAAAUCGGGCUCCCCAUGGAUGACGCUAAGAUUCCCAAGCCAUUCCGGAUCGAGCCGCUGUGCUGCCUGCCGUGCAGCAUGGCGAAGACGGAGCUGGCAGUGCGGCCGUGCGUGGCGUUCCUGCACGCCGACGACGAGGCGGGCAAGCCGAAGGCGAUGGUGGACGAGGGCAUGAUUCCGCGGCUGGACGCCAAGGAGGUCGCGGCCGUGUUCAGCGCCCCGCUCCAUAAUUUCUUGAAGACGAAGGAUGAACAACGCGAGGGGGAGACGAUACCGCCGGGCGAGUGGUACAGCGGGCGCUGGAUAUACUGGCAUGAGAACCCCUGGCGGGUGCACAAUUUCAGCGUGCCGGUGAACAAUCAACGAGUCACGAAACCGAAAGUACGGGAUGGCGGGCAGGCCGCCCUGGCCGAUGAGCUAGAAGGAGAGCAAGACACCAUUGAGCGUUUCCUGGUAUGGGGUCUCACGGGGCGUAUGUUAGUCGAUACUGCAAGGAUCGCCUACGACGAGGAACCCGAGUUCGAGCAUAAUGCUCAUUUUGGGGACGAGGGUCUCAUAGACAGUUUAGAGACGAAGGGUCUGCUCCCCGAGAAGAAAAGGGUGGAAGUCGGACUAGACGCGAUCAAAGACGAGGAGGUCAAGGACGCAAAAAUGUAGAUGGAUGUAAAAAGUACACCCAUAGAUUUUUGGCUGUCCUUACAUUGCAGUGUAGAUUCAUACUAGGCUCAAGCCGUCCGUAUCCGUAAUUCUAAACAUCGCUAAACUUGUGGUCACACUCUCACUCAAUAGAACCGCUUAACGUCGUCUCCCUCUUUCCAAUAGCCUCAUCAUGCUUUCUUAAUCGAUUUCAUGCUUCUUGCUUCGACACCCCUUUAUUAACUUGUAAACUCGCAUUCUGAUAAAUCCAGGACCUCAUUCUCUUUAAUGGCAAGCCGUUUCCUUAGUUGCCUUCGUACGCGAACCGAAGAAGUAGUAUCCGAGGCCGGCGCCGAUGGCGACGGAUAACAUAACGAAGCCGUUGUAGGUCAUAAACAGUAACCUGUUCGUUUACCCGGAACAUCAGCAUUGAUUGAUGGGGCGGGAAAGGCAUAGAACAGGGCUUUUCUUUUAC